GUUCGAAUCCAUGAAGGAUGCAGCAGAUCCGAUUCGAUCAGGCAACUCAUGGGCAAAGCUCAAAACGUAAAUGCAAUAUCGAGCCAUUCACUUAGGUGCAUAGAGGCAAAUCCUGGUGAUUAGUGAAUGAAAAACACGAAGUUCCCGAGGCCGUGCAGCUUGGUACGUAAAACAGGAAUGGCCGUUUGCAAAGUGCCGAGGCAUUGACGUAUUGGUUCAUAAAGGUAGCUCAUCUUCGCCUUCACGUUUCUCCGCACUUGACCACCCAUUCUCUUUGAUAUCUCGAAUCUUACUUCGAUCAAUCAUAAAGAUAAUUCGAAAUGACUGAACGACUAAGACAAUUUGCAGAGCAGCUCGUUGGCAGCAAGAGCCCAAUGGAUCAAAUAACAUCCAAAAACCCAGACGAUGUCGUUAUCACGCUUGCCAUCCGCACGCCAUUAUGCAAAGGCGGAAAGGGCGGUUUCAAAGAUACCCCGCUCGAUGCCAUAGUCUACAAGCUACUGAAAGAGGUGGUGCAACGGAUGAACAUGGACCCUGCGCUGAUCGAAGAUGUUUGCUUGGGCAAUGUCAAUGACGCCAAAGCGGCGUACUAUAUUCGAGCUGCGUCUCUUGCUGCUGGCAUUCCCAACACCGCCGGUGCAUCCUCAGUAAAUCGUUUCUGCUCAUCUGGCCUGAAGGCAGUGCAGGAUAUUGCAAACCAGAUCACUCUGGGUAGCAUUGAUUGUGGUCUGGCACUUGGCGCAGAAUCGAUGACCUUCGGUGGCGACCGCCUCAAUCGGCCAUUCGCCGAGGAGAUUCUGCAGAACCAGGAUGCUGCGGACUGCAUGCAACCUAUGGGUCAAACAUCUGAGAACGUUGGCAGCGACUUUAACAUCACUAGAGAAAUGCAGGACAGAUACGCUUACGAGUCCUACAGGAGAGCAGAGAUUGCCCAAAAGGAAGGUUGGUUCGAUGAUGAGAUUGUCCCCAUCACCACUGAGAUCAAGGACCCGAAGACUGGUGAGAUGAAGACGGUCACUCUGACCAAGGAUGAGGGUCCAAGAUGGGGUACUACCUACGAGGCGCUUUCGAAGAUUCGUCCUGCUUUCCCACAGUUCGGUAACAGAUCGACUGGUGGCAAUUCGUCGCAGGUGACCGACGGUGCCGCAGCCGUCCUGCUUAUGCGAAGAUCCAUGGCUGAGCGUCUCGGCCAACCAAUCAUGGCUAAGUUCGUCAAUGCCACCGUUGCUGGUCUGGCUCCGCGCAUCAUGGGAAUCGGACCUUCAAUCGCUAUUCCAAAGUUACUCAAGAAGCUCCAGAUCACCCUGGACGACGUCGAUGUCAUUGAGUUGAACGAGGCUUUUGCGUCUAUGGCCGUGUACUGCCUGAACAAACUCAACAUUGAUCACACAAAGAUGAACAUUCGUGGUGGUGCCAUUGCGCUGGGUCAUCCUCUAGGAGCUACCGGCGCACGACAGAUCGUUACUGGCUUGAGCGAGUGCAGAAGGCAGAAGAAGAAGAUCCUCCUGACUUCAAUGUGCAUCGGAACCGGACAAGGCAUGGCGGGCCUGUUCGUGAACGAGCAGCUAUAGCUUGAUUAUUGAACACAUGUGUACGAUGUAGUUUCUCAGUAGAUAAAAAAUUUAACAACGAGUAACUUUACGCCUCUCUGAAACA